AACAUACUGGGAACCAAUGUAAAGAAGCUAAAAAGGAGUCACAAUCAUAAUAUAUUUAUCAACAUAAUAUAGAUUUAUACAAUUAUAGGUAUAGGUAUAUCUCCAGUACAAAUGUUCACAUAAUUUCCGCUUGGCUCGUUCUGCAUUAAUCCUCUGUUCAGCUUUAAUAUAACGGGGAGAUUUCUAGGAAACCGUUGGCUUUUAUUUUGAUGUUUUAAGCCGCCACACUUCCUGAUUGACGUUCGAAACUUGACGUAGCUUGUUCCCAGUUGGUCGGGAGCUCGUGAGUGCAGUUCGAUUUGUUGUCCAGGCGGCUGCGCGUGUUGCUGUACCUGGUUGCAGUAUAUAAAGGCAGUCAACGGUCAGAAAUCACAACGGUCAAACCACUCGAUACGUUAACCUUGUGCUGUCCGUCCCGUCCUCCCCCCUCCCCGAAACAUUUCACUUCUCCUCUCUGCCACCGGCAUCCGUGUCCCCCCUCUCAAAACCAGGGGGAGAGGAGGGGGUCCAGCGCGGGGCGAGACAGGACAGACCGGAGGAACGACCAGCAUGGACCCCCAAACGAAGGACCGCACCAGCCCGGCGGCGGGGGGCUUCAGCGGGCGCCUGGCCUCCCUGGGAGCCGACGGGGGCGACUCGGAGUCCGGAGCCGGCUCGGAGGAAGCCGCUGUGGGCUGCUGCAGCGACACGUUCAGCAGCCUGCCCGACAUGGAGCAGGAGACUCUGGAGGAGAAAUUAAGAGGACUGGCGUUCAGAAAACAGACCUCUUAUCGGAAGGCGAUCUCCCGCUCAGGCCUCCAGCACCUCGGCCCACCCCAGCCCUCCCUGCCUCCUGCAUCCAACGGCCCCAACAAGGAGCUGCGCACCUGCGUGGACUGGACGGAGAACGCGGUGAAUGGGGAUCACCUGUGGAUGGAGACGAGUUGUUCAGGAGAGCUCUGUUAUCUCGGAGAGGAUACCUGCCUACUAAAGACUGCAAAGUCGGCCCCCAGGAGGAAAUGUGCAGCCUGUAAGAUCGUUGUUCACACUGGCUGCAUAGAGCAACUAGAAAAGAUUAACUUCAGAUGUAAGCCAACCUUCAGAGAGGGAGGAUCCAGAUGCCUCAGAGAUCAGAACAUAUUGAGACAUCACUGGGUUCACAGACGGAGACAAGAGGGCAAAUGUAGACAAUGUGGAAAGAGUUUUCAACAGAAGUUCUUCCACAGUAAAGAAAUCAUCGCAAUCAGUUGUUCUUGGUGUAAACAGGCAUUCCACAACAAGGUGACGUGUUUCAUGCUGCACCAGAUCGAGGAGCCGUGUUCACUGGGGGCCCACGCUGGAGUCAUAGUACCACCGUCCUGGAUCAUCAAAGUCAGGAAACCACAGAGCUCACUUAAGAACUCUGCCAGGAGAAAAAAGCGAACAUCUUUCAAACGAAGGACGAGCAAGAAGGGACUGGAUGAGUCUAAAUGGCGUCCGUUCAUGUUGAAGCCUCUCCCUUCUCCUCUCAUGAAGCCCAUCUUGGUUUUUGUCAAUCCCAAGAGUGGAGGCAACCAGGGUGCCAAGGUGUUACAGAUGUUCAUGUGGAUCUUGAACCCACGACAAGUCUUUGACCUGUCACAGGGUGGACUGCGAGAGGCGUUGGAGUUGUAUCGGAAAGUGCCAAAUCUGAGGAUCCUUGCCUGCGGAGGGGACGGGACGGUGGGGUGGAUCCUGUCUGCUCUCGAUGAGCUGCAGAUGAACCCCCAGCCUCCAGUCGCUGUUCUUCCUCUGGGAACAGGAAAUGACCUCGCCAGGACGCUCAACUGGGGUGGGGGCUACACAGACGAGCCAGUGUCCAAGGUUUUGUGUCAUGUGGAGGAUGGUUCGGUUGUGCAGCUGGACAGGUGGAACCUCCUGGUGGAGAAAAGUGCCACCCAGCCAGAGGAGGGAACACAGAAGCUGCCUCUGAAUGUGUUCAACAACUACUUCAGCCUGGGCUUCGAUGCUCAUGUCACCCUGGAGUUCCACGAGUCCAGAGAGGCCAACCCAGAAAAGUUUAACAGUCGCUUCCGCAACAAGAUGUUCUAUGCAGGAGCUGCAUUCUCAGAUUUCCUCCAGAGAAGCUCCAGGGAUUUGUCCAAGCACGUCAGAGUGGUGUGUGAUGGUACAGAUCUAACCCCCAAGAUCCAGGAGCUGAAAUUCCAGUGCAUUGUGUUUCUAAAUAUUCCCAGGUACUGUGCUGGCACCAUGCCGUGGGGAAACACAGGCGACCACCGGGAUUUUGAACCGCAGCGUCACGACGACGGCUGCAUUGAGGUUAUCGGCUUCACCAUGGCUUCAUUGGCAGCGCUACAGGUUGGCGGUCACGGAGAGAGGCUUCACCAGUGCAGAGAGGUCGUAUUAACCACCUUCAAGACUGUACCUGUUCAGGUGGACGGUGAGCCGUGCCGACUGGCUCCAUCCACUCUCCGUAUCUCCCUCCGAAAUCAGGCCAACAUGGUCCAGAAGAGCAAGAGACGCACCUCUGUGCCCCUGCUCAACGAUAUUCAGAAGGUGUGUGCAGCUGAUCUGCGCCGCCUCUCUGCUCCCCCCGACUCCUUCUCUGUUCCUCACGCAGUUCCAGAUCGUCUGCGUCUGCGAGUGAAUCGGAUCAGCCUCCAGGAGUAUGACAGACUGCAGUACGACAAAGAGCGACUUCGAGAUAUUUCCAUCCCAGUAGGUAUUGUGGUGGUAAGAGGAGACUGUGACCUGGAGACAUGCAGACUUUAUAUUGACAGAUUACAAGAGGAUUUACACCAGGCGCCAUCUACUGGCCACAGAGUGCACUAUCAGGAUGAGAGCAGAGGUGUCCCCAGGACUAGCUCAGCCAGUCGACUCUCUCCCAACUGGAGCUUCUUGGAUUCCACAUCAGCCGACCGCUUCUAUCGUAUUGACAAGGCUCAGGAGCACCUGCACUUUGUGACAGAGAUUUGUCAGGAUGAGGUUUUUAUCCUGGACCACGAGGGACCUGUGGUGAACCAGGGGUCGUGCGCGGGUAUGCCUGAUCUGGUGGUGGAACCUACAGCUGGUGCUCCACUGACACCUGAGGAACAAGCUUUGUUGACGGCUGCCAGUUCCGGGGAUCUUUCUAUGCUGUCGGAGUGUGUGCGUCAUGGCGUCAGCUUGUUGGUCAGAGACUCUGGAGGUUGUUCAGUGUUACACAUAGCUGCUCAGAAUGGACACACAGACCUGGUCAGCUACAUCCUGCAACAGGGCUCCAAAGUGCUUCUGGAUUUGACAGACAAAGAGAAAGGGGACACUGCCUUGCACAAAGCAGCCUCUGAGAAGCAGCACGCCGUGUGUCGAUUGCUGGUUGAGGCCGGGGCGUCGCUCGAGAAGACCAACUUCCAAGGGAAGACACCAGCGGACCAAGCAGAGGGAGACUCGGAGCUCGCCACCUACCUGAGCGCCCAGCAACACGCUGCUUCUGCCACCCAGGAAGACUUAGAGACGGCAGUCUGAGGCGCGCACACACAAACACAAUCACACACUUCACACACACUCACUCCUGUCUCCCUGGACUCUGCAGACACUCGUAGUGGAGAAGAAUCCGUGAGAGAAAACGUGUUAAAAAAAUAAACAGAAUCUGGUUUCAGCUCCACAGACGAGGAGAUAAAUCAGAUGAACCACAGGAGUGAUGAACUGCUUCAGCUCACAGCAGCACUGCAGUGGAGAUUUUAAUGGUCAACUAUUUAUUUGUAUUUAUUUAUUCAUAUUCUAUUUAUUGGUUGUUGCUGAUUGAUUGAUCGGCUGAGUGAUUGAUUGAUAGUAGGACUUUUAACGGCUCAGGAUGUAAGUGCACUUUGAGCAGCCGUCACAGGUCGUGAGUUCGCUUGUCGUUCAGGAGGAGAUGAACUCAUGAAAUGAUGUUGCUCAUCUUGUGUGGGAUUUUAAUUUUCUCAAAUCAUAUUUUAAGGAAACAGGGGUCGUGGCUUUAUUCAGUAAGACUUCUUCAGUGGUGGAGUGUGUGUCGAUGAAACAUUUAAACACAGGAUUUCUGUUGAAAAUAGUCAAAAUAACAUGAAGUCUCAUUUCAGAUCUGAUAGAAAUAGUAAGUGUUUAUGUGUUUACCCCAAAAUAACCUGAGUGCCAAAGACAGUGCACAGUGAUUUAGUGUCAUACUGAGUCCACAGUUUCACCAUUGUCCCCAGCAUCUAUCACACUGUUUGGUUUUUCUCGCAAAUAUCCAAAACUGUGUCUCCAACACCAGAUUAUGCAACGAUAAAAUUUUUAUGACAUGCAUCAUUGUAAGAAAGUAACAUUUAUUUAUGCAGAUUCUUUCAGAGCCACAGUUAUAAAGUGCUCAUAAAACUGAAACACAACAAAUACAAGAAACAGUCAAAUGUAAAACCUUUCACACCACAGGAACAUUCCCACAACACUGGGAACAUUAUAGGAACUCAGGUCAGUUCUUGUAGUUCAGAAAAGUCCCUGCUCUGGUGGGAACAACUUUCCAGUUGUCCAGGAACUAUCAGGGAAGUGGCGGCCAUUUUUAAAAACAUGCAACAGCAAACAUGGUGUUAACUGGUGGACAAUGAAGUUUGUUCUUCGUUAAGCAUUAACGAAGGACAGGAGGAGGACGUAAAAGAGGGGGGUGUAUGAGGAGGGAUUAAUAUACCUUCACUCUCUCUCCCUCCCUUUCUACUGCUGUGUGUCUCCUUUCCAAUAUUUAUUCAAUUUGUCAGUAAAUUUAAAAAAAAAACAGCGACUUUAAACACCUCCAUGUUUGGUGGAGGAGUUUGAAGACAGGAGAUCUUCACUGUUUCCUUUUGCUGCAUCAGUUUACCUGAUUUCCCCUGGUGAAAACGCACAGAACAACACCACAAAGCAACGUUUUAGUUCCUGCAACAAUUCCUAGACAAAGUUCCUUUUAGUGAAAUCACUAUUUUCUGCUACUUUAUAGACCAAACAAUCGAGAAACAAAUCCUGUAUUAGCUGAUGACUUUCGCUACAAGACUUUAAGUUCAGUCAAAAUGGCUGUUCUUGCUUAAAUGUUUCAGUUUUUGUCAUUGAACAGGAAGGAACUAAAUGAAAUCAUUUAUGGGACCAGAUCUGAUUAUUGAGAGAGGACCAGUAUUUAGCCCCCUGGGGAUUAAAAACAACACAUUACUCAACCAUAAAUCCUGCAGCAGGUAAUCUUUAGUGAGUGCAGCCAGUUGAUUUUGGAGGGCAGACCAGAGUGUGUUUAAAAAACUGAGUAUUUAAAGCAUCAUCACCAAAAUGUUAAUUUCUUUUUCUCUGCUGCCGUCACACAAACAAAUAUUUGAAAGUUUUCACAGUGGGAUUGUGUGUAUCUGGUACUCCUGAUCCGACAAGGCUUUUCACAUGCAGCUUGUGUGUGUGUGUGUGUGUGUGUGUGUGUGUGUGUGUGUGUGUGUGUGUGAUGAUCCAUAUCAAAUCUAAAAACACAAGUUAAGUACAACUGCAACAGAAAAAGAUUUCACUCUUCUCUCUGUGCAGUAUGUACAUAACUAAAGAUUGUGUGUUGUGUAGUGAUUGUGUGUGUGUGUGUGUAUCAUUAGUACACAUGCCUGAGUGUGUGUGUGAUUGUGUGUGUUUUGCAGCAUUUAUCCAAGAAGAAAAGAAAAAUCUGAGCCAUAUUCAAUGCAAUAUGAAUAGAUGACGUCUUUUUGCAUUUCUCUAUUAAUCGUUUACAUUACAUUAAUGUUUUUAACAUAGUCGACCAUUUAGCACCGAGGACUAUUGAAUGUGCAAUUUAACUUCAGUGCUGGUUGGGUUUAUGAUUGUCUUGUUAUUUUAUUUUAUUUUUCUUUCUUUUGUGUGCAUGUAUGUCAAUGGAUUGAACAUUUAAACAUCCCAGUGAGGUCUCUUUAGAUAUAACCUGUUGUAAACUAAAUCGAUAUAUACAGAAGUAUUUGUGGGGACGUUGGACAUUUUAAAGGCUUAAUGUGUAGCCAUUGUAGAAGUCUGGCUUUUUAAGGAGUCACAGUAUUCAAUCAAAGUCAUUACUCACAUUUUAUGUCUCAGUGGAGCUUUUAUGACUUUCUUUACCAUUAAAGGGGCUAUUUGUAAGUUUUUGCCAUCAUUACGUAGCCAGUGUUAGCAUUAGCAGUUGUUUACUCCCAAAGAGCUUCAGCCAUUAUAUAUCGUUUACAAGACGAGAUUAGAAUAUCUCCUGUGGGCAGCACUUCUUCAUCCUCUCAUGUUGGACUAGGAGCAGACUGGACGCUACAGUGACUCACUGUCACAAAGUGGUGUUACGAGACAGGACAGGGCUACCUGGUUAGCAUGCUAACUUCAGUAGAAGAGCAGAAACAAGAGUAAAUGUUGUCACUUUCCACCACUGGAGACAGCUCUCAGUAAAUAAAGGAAUGAAGUUUGAUGCUGAACUCUUGGUAAGUAAACAGCUGUUAAUGCUAACAUUAGCGAUAGCAAAAUUCUACCAUAUACCACCUUUAAAAACAGCCCUUGGCAAGUUGUAUUUGAAAUAGAGCUGUCACAAACCAAGGUUGCUUUUUGUAUUCCUUUAACUGCACAGCAUCCUUUUCCAGAUUUAUUUAAAAAAAAAAAAAACUUAAUCUAAGGUCCACAAGAUGUGACUGAAAGCUCUGAAAACUUUAGUAAGGGGACCUUGAGUUAUUUUUGCUGAGACUAGUAUUUGCAAGGUGAAAAAUAAACCUUCAACCUAAGAUUUGUGUGUAUUGAUAUUAAGCAACCAUUUAACGUCUUGAUUAGGGCUGGGUAUAUUUGAAACUUUUCAAAACUACUGCCAAUGUGAUAACUAAGUGUCAGCGCUGAUACUUACUUGGUAAAUACAUGUAAAAUACUGUGUGUUUUUCUUAUUUUUAUUUAUCAGAUGAAGCCAAAGUUAUCAAAUGUUAAAUAUUGUCUAAAUAGCAGCAGUUAUACGCAACUUUUUCCUGAUUAAAAUAGACUAGCAGAGACACUCUCCAGUUCUUAUACAUGAAGAUCAGUUUACUUGUCAUGAUUAGUUCUGCUCAGCCUGUGAAAACGGUUUUAUAACAUCUUCUGAGAUAUGGAGAUUCAGCAUUUCUUAGUUUCUGCUUCUUCAAUUUUUCACAUUUAGUUAUUAAAUCCAUGUCUCAUAAGUCCACAGUUUUCUUUCAUUCAGCGCUAAAGGGACCAAAGAGGUUCAAUCAUACCCAGCCUUGGUCUGUUAUUUCUUAGGAUUUUCUGCUGUAUUAUUACACCAUGACCUCUGAGCACAGGUAAAUAUCAGAGCUAAAGUCAUCAGGUGUUUUUAAAGUUUUUGGUUUUUAUUAGUGGUCAGAUCUGUUUCAUGAGUGUGAGCUGUCAUCGCAGCGUUACUGUGGGUGUGUGCAGAUCUUGGCCUAAAGAACACUGAUUUCAGUUUCCUCAAAAACUGAAGUUUUACUUCUUUUUAAAAAUAAAUGUUGACAUUGCACAACUUCUACAAUGGCUACCAGUGUUGACAUCCAGCACUGAGACCUUCACUGAGUGUAUGAGGAUGAUUAAAUAGGCAAAAAAUGUGUGUAAAUGAAAAUCUUGAACCUGAACUACCUGUUGAAAGGUGAUGACAUUUUCUACAAAGUGACUGUGGUAAUAAGCUAUGGCCCACUCUGAACGACAUACAGUACACACACACGCACACACAUGCUUAUUAUCACUCUUUCUAUUCAGUAGAAACAUGACUUUGUAUUAAAUUGUGUCUCUCAUUAGCAUUGGUUAUGCAUGGCAUUUUCUUACAUCCUUGGGAUUAUUUUCUGGUAAUGGCAUAAAACAAAUGGCAUUAUUGUUGUUUAAACUAUUAAAUUAUUAUAGUUUUAAAUGAUUUUUACCUGAGUUUCUUCUUAGGUUGGGCAUGUGUUGGGUGUUUAUUUUUGUAUUUCUGCUGCUGAUGAUGAUGAUGGGAUUACUUGAAGUUUUUUUUAUUUUCUUAAUUUGUUAAAAGAUGUGAUGCUGUAGUUUCUUUCUUUUUUUUUUGCCUCUUUGAAUGCUUGCUUUGCGGGGAAUCUCCUCAGUAGAGUCACUAGCCUGUUCUUCCUCUUCUUUCAAGCCACAAACAAAAACAAACUGGAAACCAAAAUGACACAUUGAAGACGUCACUUAUUCAUGCAGACUUUUAAGGUAUUCAGAAGCUUCUCAGCGGCGGGCAGUUACAGUUUUUCCCAGUCAUAUCAUCUUCAUGAAAAAAGCAAAAACAUCUCCACACUCCAAACCACCAAUGUAUUUAAAGGUACUUUAUGUAAGAGUGUGACGCAAUUAACAUGUAUUAAUCUCUUUUUUAUUAUCAGUGUGUGAACAGAUUGUAAUGUCACUUAAAGCAGCGAAAUGUAACUUUGCCUCUGCGGCCAUGAGUUGUAAUUAAUUUUGUUCUGUGUUGGGUGUAUAUUACCCAUGAUCCUCGGCUUCUUUCUUGGCUGGAUAUCAGAGAUGAACGCUGGUUUUUAAUGACUUCUAACUCUGGACGAGUUUUUUGGGAAAAUCCAAAGGAUCCAAACCCAAAGGAUGUUACGUUUAUGGUUGCUCUCGAGUGCCUUGCCUGAAGGCCUCUCUUCUGUUCCCCAGCAGCACCAACAGUGUGCAGCAACAGCUAAUGUUAUCUUAGAAAUGGAGUCCGCUAACGUCAACAAACGACAGCACAACACAAAAAACACAUUGGUCAAACCAUAGUCUCACACAGUCAGACCUCCAUGCUUCAGUUUAAUAUUUAAAUAUAGUUAAUAGACAAAUGAUAAUAAAAAUGUAACUGUAGUUACCUAAUCUGUCAACAUGAUGCUGGUCAAUCACAAGCAUCAGGAAGCUGAUGACAGUUCAUUUAAAAUGGCUGCUGGUGUCAUUAUUAACAAUGCUUUUCUGAAUGUUACAUAUAGUACCUUUAAAUGGACGAUGUUUCGAUCCCAUCAGGUCAAAAUGUUUAAAAAUGGCCACCAUACACAUACAGAGUAGUUACAGUGAGUAACAGAGACAGUAUUAUAUAAAAUACAUGAAGCAUGUCAAAAUUAUCUUAAAUACAAAUGUAUUUUUUUUCUUUUCACUUGCUUUCCAGCUACAGUUUGCAUCUAGUUUAUUUUCAUGUUCAACAAUGUUCAACAGAGUAGAAAACUAAAAUAUCAAAAUAAGAUGUUGUUAUAGGUAAAAUUGGCAUUUUAUUUGUUUAAAAAAGGCUCUGGGUCAGCACCAAAUUACAAGUCAUUCUGUUUCUUCUUGUACUCUGUAUUUUUUUGUCUUCUUUUUCUGGUAUCGUUCUUUAUUUCAGGGUGUGUAACCUUAUAUCCAAAAUGCUUUUGUUUCUCCAACAAGCAGUGACUUGUUCGGAAGUCUGUAUGUGGGGGAAAAAAAAAAAAUACCCGCACACACAAGACCUAAGAGAUUUCUCACGAGACUGUAAAAGGCAAAUAUACAGUAACCUCCCUGAGUCACUGCCUGGGAUUUCCCUGUAGGACAAACAGCACAAAGUCCACUCACUCAGUCACCGCUCUCUUCACUCACACUUUUUCACAUCUUUUUUUCUGAGCAUUUAAGGACGUCUCUUUCAUGUUGGCUCAAAAAUCAAGAUGAAAAGUUCAUUAUGAUCUGAAGCCUCAGAACAGCCACUAAAGACAAGAGGAAAUAUCCCUGUUGUUUUCAUCAUCUGGUGAAUUUCCCUUGUGGCAUUUUGAAAAACCACGCAGAGGAAUGUCAAGCUUGAAUCUCUAAGUCUGUCUCCUUACUGGCAGGUACAAGUUUAAUGUGACUCUCAUGAGUCAGCAGAGUCAGUUAAACAAAAUUGUUGUGUCAUUGACGUGUCAUUCAAAACAACAUCAGGUUUCAUUUUCUAUGUCUUUACAGAGAUGUUCUGGAAGCUUCUUCCUCUUUUUCUGCUUCCUGUUUUUUAAAAGGCUUUGGUGAACAAUAGAUUUACAAACAACAAGGAAGGGUCAACUACAUUUUUACAAACCUGGGCCCAUGUCUGAGUAAACUACUACAAUUAAACUAUUAAAAUUAUAUAUAGCAAUACAUCAUAAAUGAUACAGUAAAUAAAGAUUUAAAAGAUCUUCACGCUCUUCAAUUUGAAUUAAAGGUUAGUCCAUUUAUUUGUGAAACUGUGCACAUAUCAGCAGCAUACAUACAUACAUACAUUUGAGGGGUUUUUACAUCCUGGAAGUUCCCAUCUGAAGCAACAAUUUCCUUUCUUUACAUUGUGACUUUGUAUGACUUUGGUGGACUUUAAAAACGUUUAUGGGCAGACAAUAAAAGACGUGUAUACAGUAAAUCUGAGAGGCAUAAUAUCUAACGCAUGCCAGACUGUACAGUUGUAACAUCGUUUGAGUAACCUUAUGAUUUUAGAAUAAAUAAAGUUGAUUAAAA